UCUCUAAAUAUAAACACAGACUUAGUUAAUUAAAUUAAAUUAUACUUAGUGUUGUUUUCUACCUUGUGUUUUAGUAUGAAGAUUCAUAACAUAAUGCACUUGUUGUUCUACACAGGUCCAGGUUUCGCCAAUGUCUAAGCCCAAAAAUAAUGUUCCCCGCGAAAAUACAGAAGCCUAUGUCCAGAUUUUAGGGACAGGAAUGGAUACCCACGAAACAUCCCCGUCUGUUCUGCUCUUCUUUAACAAGGAAAGAUUCAUAUUUAACGCUGGAGAGGGAUUACAACGCUUCUGUACAGAGCAUAAGAUAAAAUUAUCUCAGGUAGACCACAUAUGUCUGACUCGUGUCUGCUCAGAGACAGCAGGUGGACUUCCAGGCUUGCUAUUAACUUUGGCUGGCAUGAACAAUGGUAGUCCUGAGAGUACUGGGCAUGUCGACAUAUGGGGUCCUCCAAAUCUAGAUUUAUUGGUUAAUGCAAUGAAGAAUUUUGUCCCUCAUGCUACCAUGGUCAACAAACAUAUCAUCCCAGACAACAUUAAGGUUCAUGAAAAUGGAUCUGCAUUAGCUCCCUCUUUACAUAUGCUGGAGCUGAAAGAUAAACACAAGUUCAAGGCAGUUAGUAUAUCAGCUAUUCUCCUAUCACCGACUCAGUUGGCUGGAUCUCAUUUUAGGCCAAAUGAUGCCUCCAUUGUAUAUAUUUGUAAACUACAUGACAUCAGGGGGAAUUUUGAUCCCGAAAAGGUUAAAGCUUGCGGACUUAAACAAGGGAGAAAACUUGCAGAAUUGGAGAAGGGGUUCAAUGUGAAGUCAGAUCUUCUGGAUAUCGAGGUCCAUCCAGAUGAUGUUAUAGGUCCACCUAUUCCUGGUCCCAUUGUACUGAUUGUUGACUGUCCAACAGAACCUCAUGCACAAGAGUUACUCUCUGCACAAGCCCUUGAUGCCUAUUAUACAGAUCCCCAAAGCAACUCCCCAGAGGCCACCAAGGUUGUGAACUGCAUCAUUCAUUUGAGCCCUGCUACAGUCGUCAGCACUCCAGUCUAUGAGAAAUGGAUGAGCAAAUUUGGUUCCGCCCAACAUAUUAUGGCAAGAACUACAAGGAAGCAUGAAACAACUCCAAUUCUAGUAUCUAGUGCUAGAAUCGCUACAAGACUGCAUUAUUUGUGUCCUCAGCUUUUUCCAGCUCCUAGUCUUCCUUCUGUUCAGAAUGACGAUGUUGCAGCACCAAAUUUCAAGGGUUCAGUUUGUGGCAUAUCUGCUGAAAAUCUCUUAAAGUUCAAAAGGAGCAAGAGUAUAUCCUUGUGCUUCCUACAACAACUAUAUGAUAGCUAAGAGUGAAUCAGCAUCUUCCAGCUAUUCUUCUUUACACCAAAAAUGAAUCAAAAGCAAGCAGUUCAUUUUGAUUUCCUGCACAGGCCUGGGUCUUUCUUCCAAAACAUCUUGCAUUUCUUUCCUUCCAUACGGUCCACCAUAUACAAGCAGGAACUGUUUUCCACCAUUUCUUCUGCCUAAAAGAUCCCCCAGUAUCCAGCAUGGUAACAGAUCUCUUGUGGACUUUGGCAUAGUCCACUAAAUACCUUUCAUGUUUAAAGGGAGUUGCCAGAUCUGGUAAGCGGUUCCACUGUAGAAAAAGAUGGUUUAUACGAUCUGAUUUCAUUUCGCACAAGUAGCAUCUUGAGCACAGCUGCAUUUUCUCUCUCUUAAGUUUUCUCGAGUCAUACAUGUUUCCUUGUAAAUGUUCUCUGCAUAACAAUCUAUCUUCAGUUGUGGUAAUGGCUUGUACAUGUUCUAAACUUCUGAAAGAUUCAGCAAUUUGAGUAACUUCUCAGUCAUUGAAAAGUCUUCUAAAGUUUAAAUUCCAACCCCGCUGUAGCAUCAGCUGCUGGUUCAAACA